GGAUGGCGAAGGCUGGAGCGAGUGAUUGGUGUGUUGAUUAAUUGAUGUGUGGAUUGAUGGGUUCAUUGUUGGAAUGGCUGGGCUUCUUUCAUGGGUCUAUCGUUUGAAAGGUAGGGCGACAUUAGAGACAAAGGAUUCGAAUGUCCUCCUUUCCUCACCACGUACAGGUGAUCUCCCCCGGCUUCUUGAAUGGCUGGAGAAGAGUCUGCAGGGUGAAGAGCUUAAUGCCGCGGACAUAUGUGAAGCUUGCAUCCGUAAGGAGACGACCAUGGGAGUUAGGCAGGCUGAAAAGCGCAAGAGGGAUGAUGCAGCAAUUGAGAAACAUGGAAGGAAGAGGAAGACGCCUGACGUAAAGGCGACCAAGGACUCAAAGAGGCAAACCAACCUUCUAGAACUGUGGUCAAGGAAGGCACAGCUUAAUGGCACUUGUGGUGAUUUUGUAGAUUUGACGACUCCAGAGCCCAGACGUCCAGCCGCGCAAGCGGAUCUUAAAGAAGACGACGGUGAAGCAGGACUACAUCAUGGGGUCCAGUAUAGGGGGGGUGAUGUUGAGGUCAUUGAUUUGACGACCCCACAGUGCAGGCUCUCUUCUGGUCAAGCAACGAGUAACUCGAGUCAUUGCCAAGGAUCGCCUGGUCCAGAGCGUCAACAUUCUGCCAGUCCUAUAGAUGUUGUAGAUUUAACUCAUGGAGAUUUGCAGCAUAGACGUUCAGCAGGGCUGUUCAGAAAUGCAGGUAGCCAAGGAAAACCGCAGGAAAAUGAUGAGGAACUUGAGAGGGUGAAGGCUGAGACGUUGCGGAAGUUGAGCAAGUUGAAGAAAGACGAGGAGAGGAAGAUUGGGGAGAGUCAGGUACCGCCAAAUGUGGAUGAGCUGAGUGUUGAGAUUGGAACGAGGAGGCAAGAUGGACAAGGACAGAAGAAAGAUGCUGUUGAUAGACUGUAUGUGGAGGAGGUUGAGCAGAGAUGUGCAGGGGAGAAAGGAAAGGUGUGGCUGGGGCAUGGUAAGGAGGAGGCUGUGGAGUGGGAGAGGCAGGAAGAGGCACAAAUGGAAGGCUCAGCGAUGAGAACAGAAGAAGAAAGCAGAAUAAAGGAGAACAAGGACACCGUAGUGAGGAAGAAUAGGGAGGCACACGAAUUCAGAGCAGAGGAGGAUGUGGGUGUGAGGGAGAAAAAAGGCACAGGAAAACACAUAGGAACCGAAAAGGAAGUAAUAUUGGAGCAGCAAGGCAUGCGUGAACACACUGAACCUCUGAACGUGCUGACGGAGAAGGAAGGGGAUGGAAGGAAAAGUCAGGACCAGGAGGAGAAGGGGCAGAGGGAGGAAGAGGAAAGGAACCUUAGAGAGGACGAGGCCAGAAGUGUUGAGGAGCAGAAGCAAAGAAUGGAGGAGGAGAGGAUUACAAAAAUGGAGGAGGAGAGGAUUAAAAAAAUGGAGGAGGUGAGGAGGCGCCUGGAGGAGGAGAAAAGGUGCAAGGAGGAGAGAGAGAGGAGGCAAAUCGAGGAACAGAAAAUGAGGCAAAUUGAGGAACAGAAAGUGAGGCAGAUGGAGGAAUUAGACAGGAGGUGCAAGGAGCAAGAGGAAGGAAUGAGGAAAGAGCAGGAAGCACAGAAAUUGAGAGACGAAAAAAAGAGAGCCAGAGAAGAACAAAUAACGAGGCUCGAAGAGGAGGAGGAACGAAGGAAGAAGAGAAUUGAGGAGCUGAAGAAGCGCUUGGAGGAGGAACGGAUGAGGUACUAUGAGAAGGAGAAACGGAUGCAGGAGGAAGAGGAGGAGAAAAAGCGCACUGAGGAGGAGCAGAAAAGACAGAUGGAGGAGGAGAGAAGGUGCAGAGAGGCAGAAGCACAAAGGAAGAGAGAGGCAGAAGCUCGGAGGCUUGAGGAAGAACAGAGGCGGAGACUGGAAGAGCAGGAAGCUCGGAGGGUUGAGGAGGAGCAGAAGCGGAGACAGGAAGAGCAGAGAGCAAAAAGAAUGGAGGAGUUAAGGAAACGAAUGGAGGAGGCACUGAAGAAGGAGAGAAGGCGCAAGGAGGAGAAGAGGCGCAUGGAGGAGGAGGAGAAGAGGCGCAUGGAGGAGGAGGAGGAGAGGCGCAUAGAGGAGGAAAAGAGGAGAGUGGAGGAGGAGAAGAGGCGCAUGGAGGAGGAGGAGAAGAGGCGCAUGGAGGAGGAGAAGAGGCGCAUGGAGGAGGAGGAGAAGAGGCGCAUGGAGGAGGAGGAGAAGAGGAGAAUGGAGGAGGAGGAGAAGAGGAGAAUCGAGGAGCGGAGGGCCAAAAGAAAGGAGGAGCUAAUGAAGUAUUUUGAGGAGGCAAGGAAAAAGUACCUCGAGGAGAAGAGAAAACGCGUGGAGGAGGAGGAGAAGAAAAGACACAUGGAGGAGGAAAAAAGGCGCCUGGAAGAGGAGAAAAGUCGUCUGGAGGAGGUGGAAAGAAAACGCUUAGAGGAGGAGAGGAGACUAGAGGAGGAGAAGGAGAGGAGGGAAGAUGAGAGAAGGCAGAGAGAAGAACGUGAGAGAAGGCAUAGGGAAGAGGAGGAGAGGAGGCAACGUGAGGAGGAGAGAAUGCGGAAAGAGGAAGAGGAACGGAGAUGCAGGGAGGAAGAGGAGAGGAGGCACAGAGAAGAAGAAGAGAGGAGACUCAGGGAGGAGGAGAUGGCAAGGGAAGAGAAAAGGCGGGAACAGCUACGGCUGGAUGAAAUCAGGAGGAAACAGGAGGAAGAACGGAGGCAAAUGGAAGCUGAAAGAGAUCGGCAAAGAAAGGAGAAAGUGAAGAAGGCGAAGGAGGAGGUUGCGGAGAUGGAAAGGAAGGAUAGAGAAGAAGAAAAAGCAAGGAUGGAGAAAGAGAAGCGGGAAGAAGAAUUGAGGAGGGAAAAGGAGGAGAUGAAAAGGAGGAGGCAGGAAGAGUUGGAAGAAAAGCGCCAGGAAGAGAGGAGGCAACGGGAACUCGAAGAGAAGAAACGCGUAGAAGCAGCAGCUAAGAAGGCAGCAGAAGAGAAGGCAAAAGCUGAAGAAGCCAAUAAAAAAGCUGAAGAGGCCAUGAGGAGAGCUCAGUUAGAGAGGAAGAGGCAGCUUUAUGAGGAGAUGUCCAAGAAACAGGAAGAGGAGAGGCGCAAAACGGAUGAGGAAUUGAAGCGGAAGCUGGAAGAGCAAAGGCGUCUGGAAAGGGAUAGGCAAGCGCUGAACGAGGAGCUAAAGAAGGCUGCCGAUCUUGAGAGGAAGAGACAAGAAGACGUCGAGAGACAGAAGAAAGCAGAUAUCAUGAGAAAAUUCCAGGAAGCUGAACGGAAGCGGCAGGAGAGGAGGCAGGAGGAGGCACGUCGAGCACGUCAAGCAGCAGAGGAGAAAAGGCGAGAGGCAGAGCUGAAGAAGGAAGAGGAGGAGAGGCGCAAGGCAGAACGAGCAGCAGCAAAUGAAGAGAAGAGGCAAGAGGCCGCUCGCAAGAAGGAAUUCAUGCAGAGAAGGAAGGCAGAAGAGGCUUCGGCAAGGCAGGCAAAUGGAAAGCCUCAUGAAGAUGCUCAGCCCAAGCCUGAGAGAUCAAGGGCAGAUGCAGAGGCUGAAGCGAAGGCGCAGGCUGACUAUAGAGCUAAAAUGGACCGUAAGUAUUGGGAGUGGGCAGAGCAGCAGCGGCGUGCUUAUGCAGCGAAGCAAGCGUCUAACGCCGUUGCAUCAAAAGGCAGGGGAACACACGGCAUGCAAGGAAUUGGAUAUGCGCAAUAUGAGCAGAUGUGGAAUGAUCUGAAGGUAAAUGCGAGUUCGCGACCCCUUCGAUUGCAAGACAUUCCGUGGCCGCCUGCAGACAAUCCCUUGUUCCUUGAACAUACGGACACACCGGAGAUCAGGAGGAAGAAGAUGAAAACAGCUUUGCUGAGGUUCCAUCCUGACAAGUUCACAGGGCUACUCCAAGGAAGGCUGGCUGAGGACGAGAAGGCGGCGAUCAUGGAGAGGAUGAAUGCUCUUGCAAAAGCUACAAUCCAGUGGAAAAACACAAUUCAAUGUGUAUGAGAAGUCUGACUGGAUCUGUACAGAAUUGAAGUGACUAUGGGAGGAUUGUAGGGGGCACCGUUAUUCGCCAUCCAUUGAUUGGUAUGUGCCCUUCGUCUGUCGAGAGUCCAUCUCUUGUCUUGUAUAUGCGGAUGGAGGCUGCCGGAGCUGGAGUGUUGUCAGCAUCCCCCCUCGCUACAUUUGUCAUGGGAGUUUGAAGUUUGAACAAUAAUUGCCGAUGCAUCGCUCUGGAGUUUCUCAAGGCUGACAGACCUGGAGUGGUGUGAAGGCUGUGGUCUUCAUGGAAUGAGCAUGGAGGAAUGGUAAGCCAUUGUCCUGGCGAGGGCAUGCGGACCCAACCAGCCAGCCACUUUACGCCUCCCACAUAUUACACUGUAGCCUUUGCAUCUCUGACACAUAUUACACUGUAGCCUUUGCAUC